UAUCUAUACUUUGUCUACCACUUUCCUAGGAAACUGUGUCAAACUCCCAUCCUAAACACUUCCACUUCAAACACCCCUUCCCUGUCUCCCCACCCCACCAUUUUCCGGCAACAACUCGCCGGAAAAUCGUUAAAGCGCUUUCUAAUGCUUCCCAUUUCCGACCCCCACUCCCCGGAAAAACCGAAAACCCCGACCAAAUCAUCACUAGACCGCAAAAACUCAAACUCAUUCUCAUUCUCCCACAUACAAACCCUAAUAUAUCACCCCCGCUCAUGUCUCAUUCUCCUGAUCCUCAUCCUCCAGAUCCUCAUUCUAUACGCCUCCCUCUCUCUCCCCAUCUCCACCUUCUCUCUCCACGCCCCGAUAUCCGUCAAAUCCGGCGGUCCCAACUCGACGGAGCUUUGUCCCGACGGCAGGGUUUAUGUGUACGACAUCCCGGAACAGUUCAACAAAGAGCUGUUACAGAACUGUGAUAAGCUGAGCCCGUUUGGGUCCCGGUGCGGCACGUUUAUGAACAACGGGUUCGGAGAGAAGUUCACGUCGGUGGCGAAUGUGGUGCCGAAGAGCGUUGUGAAUGCAUGGUACUGGACUGAUCAGUUCGCGUUAGAGAUUAUUUUUCAUGAUCGAAUGAUGAAUUAUAAGUGUAGAACUAUGGAGCCUGAAUCGGCUACGGCGUUUUAUAUUCCGUUUUAUGCUGGACUCGCGGUGGGGAAGUACUUGUGGUCGAGUAAUUUCACGGCGAGGGAUCGUGAUUAUCAUUGCGAGAUGAUUUUGAGGUGGGUGCGAGAGAAGCCGUAUUUCAAUAGGUCGAGUGGGUGGGAUCAUUUUAUUACUAUGGGGAGAAUUACGUGGGAUUUUCGGAGGUCGAAUGAUGGCGAUUGGGGUUCCAAGUGUAUUUAUCUUCCGGAGAUGAGGAAUAUUAGUAGGCUUUUAAUUGAACGGAAUUCGUGGGAUUAUUUUGAUGUUGGUGUGCCUUAUCCUACUGGAUUUCAUCCUAGUUCGGCUAAUGAUGUGAAAAUUUGGCAGAAUUUUGUUAAUGGACGGCGUCGCAGUACACUUUAUUGUUUUGCAGGGGCGACGCGGGGAUUUAUUAAGAAUGAUUUUAGAGGGUUGUUGUUGAAACAAUGUUAUGCUGAUUCGGAGAAAUGUAGGGUUGUUGAUUGUGGUGGUUCGAAAUGUAGUAACCGUACGGCUGCGAUCCUUGAGACGUUUCUGAGUUCGGAUUUUUGUUUGCAGCCUAGAGGGGAUAGUUUUACUCGCCGGUCUAUAUUUGAUUGCAUGGUGGCUGGUUCAAUUCCGGUUUUUUUCUGGAAGAGAACGGCUUAUUAUCAGUAUGAGUGGUUUUUGCCUGAAGAAGCUGGGAGUUAUUCGGUUUUUAUAGACCGGAAUGAGGUGGAGAAUGGGACUUCUAUAAGAAGUGUGCUUGAGAAAUUCAGUCAAGAAGAAGUGAAGAAAAUGAGGGCAAAAGUGGUAGAAUAUAUACCAAAACUUGUGUAUGCCAAGCCUAAUACAGGUUUAAAGGGCAUGAAAGAUGCAUUUGAUAUUGCUGUUGAAGGUGUUUUAAAGAGAGUGAAAGAACGGGAAGGAGGGUAUAAGUGGAAAUAAACAGAGAUAUAUGGAGGGGUAGUUGGGCAUUGUUUGUAAUGAUGCUCUAUUGUUAUAUUGUAUAGAGAUGCAGCAGAGGUAAUGUAAAAGGGUACUAGUUUUUUUAGUUUGUUACUGCCAUAUUGUAAUAGUACUAGGAUAAACUAUACUUGUAUUUUGUUGCUGUUUUCCACCUGUAAUUACAUAGUACCAUGUUUUCGUAUACAAUUACUCUAAAUUGAUUCUUUUGAUUUGAAA